AUGACCCUCUCCCGCUUCCUCUUCCUUUUCCUUUUCCUUUUUUAUCCUCUCUCUCUUUCUCGACACUCCACCCUCCUGCGCAAGUCUUUCCCCAUCUGCUUCAUCUCCCCAGAGUCUUCAGCCCCUGCCUCGUCAGAUCCCCUCCGGCUCGAAGACUGGCUAUCGUCCGAUCUCUUCGCUGCCGAACUUCCGACCGCGCCGCGUCCCACCGACCCCUCCGCCGUCCCGCCCGCCCCGACCGAGGAUUUCGUCAAUGUCUCGCGAUGGCUGGACGGCGCCUAUCGACCCCCCGUGCCCUGCCGGCACUGCCAGACCCAGCGCCUGCAGUGUCUCAUCAUCCGCACCACCCCGGCCAACCCGAACCCCGUCACCUCCUGCUCCAGCUGCGUCGCCCUCUUCCGCGAGUGCAGCCUGUCCCGCGGCGAGAAGCGCCACCCCGCCGGCUUCGAGACCGUCUUCCCCGUCUUCGGCCAUCUGCACGGCGUCGCCGAGCUCACGGAAGACCCACGGGGGGCCACAAGCCAUGUGCAGUCGGAUGCCCCUGGGCGAAGGAAUCAUAACCCGGUGGGGGGACUGGAACAUCCCCCGGGACACGUCGAGGAAGAUCCCCCGCAAAAACCGCGGUUCUCCCGGAAGGGCGCCAAGGUGUUGCGAGACUGGCUGUAUCGGAACCAGCAUGACCCGUAUCCCACCGACGACCAGAAGGCCGCCUUUGCCCAGCAGACCGGUCUCACCGAGAGACAGAUUACCACCUGGUUUGCCAAUGCGCGACGGCGGCAGAAGAUGGCCCGCCGGUCCUCGCGGUCGGGCCAGAUCGUCCGCAGUGGCUCGCCCAUGCCCGUCCCCCGGUCCGCCACCCUGACCCCGAUGGAGCGCUGGCAGCGAUCGCCGCCCGACCAGGAACCCGUGUCGCAGUCUGUCAUCCAGGAAGCCCUCGCCACGGCCGGGACAGAUCCCGCGUGGGCGCGUCCGGGCGCCUAUCUGACCGCUAGCCCGAGUGCCGACGACCUUGCGUCCUCGAUCUCGAGCAUGGACAGCGGGCAGUCCCAGGGCUCCUCUGAGAGCUUUGCGUCGGCUUGGAGCCAUCAAUCCGAGGACGGUCUGCCGUUCCCCCUGUCCGACGGGCAACGCGCCUCGCAGCCCCCGCGGAGACGCCCCCGGCGUCGGUCCGUGACCGGCCACCCCUACCAGUGCACGUUCUGCGCGGAUUCGUUCAAGAAGAAGCAUGACUGGUCCCGGCAUGAGAAGAGUGUGCACCUGUCGUUGGAGUCGUGGAUCUGCAACAUUGAUCCCAGUCCGCUCGAUUCCGCGGACUCGCCCUGUGACUUCUGCAGCGCCUGUCCAGCACCGCGGGCGCAUAUGGACACGCACGAGUUCGACGUCUGUGCCGACCGACCCCAACCCGAGCGGAGCUUCCGUCGCAAGGACCACCUGAUCCAGCACCUCCGCAAGUUCCACCACUGCACCAAGGCGCCCGCGGGUCGGAUCGAGCCUUGUCGCGUCGUCGUCAGUCAGGUCCUCAGCCGGUGUGGUUUCUGCGGGCAGCGGAUGACGACGUGGUCCGAACGUGCCGACCAUCUGGUGCAGCACUUCAAAACCGGUCGACGCAUGGCGGAGUGGUCGGGCGACUGGGGGCUGGACGCGGUGCACCAGGCCAUGUUGCGGGAUGCGACGCUGCCGCGCGAUCGGUCUGCGUAUUCCCCGGCCACCUCGUGA